AUGGGUAAGUUCGGGUCUCAAACCAGUACCUAUAACAGGCUGGUCAUUGUCUUUGUGGCCGUAGGGUCAAUGACCUAUGGAUAUUGCUCUUCAAUCAUCUCCAGCACAAUCGGACAGCCAGGAUGGUACACCUACUUCGACCUUCCAGCUGAGGGCGAGCCGGGAUACGCCAGCAUUACCACCCCCACAAUCUCGACAGCGAACGGUGUCUUCAGUGCUGGUGGUGCUGUAGGCACACUCUUCAUAAUGUGGUCCUGCGAUUUCUUUGGUCGAAAAGCAAAUAUUCAGUUCGGUGCCUUCUUUUCAUUAUUCGGAGGAGCACUUCAGGCCGGCUCUAAUUCACUGCCCAUGUUCCAAGCCGGUCGCUUUAUCUGCGGCCUUGGGAUUGGUAUCCUUGUGACUGUCUGCCCCAUGUACCUUUCCGAGAUGUCAAGUGCUUUGCGCCGCGGCUGGCUCGUUGGUCACCACGCCAUUUUCCUGGUGUUUGGAUAUAUGCUUGCAGGGUGGGUUGGCUAUGCUUGCUACUAUGCAACAGGUUCCCUAUCUGGGUUUGGCUGGAGAUUUCCUCUCGCCUUGCAAUGUCUUCCCGCUCUGGUACUACUUCUGGGAUCGCCUUGGCUCCCGCGCUCACCUCGUUGGUUGAUUUCGAAAGGCAAACUCGACGAGGCACAGCAUGUUCUCGAACGGCUUCGCGAAUCACCAGAAGAUCCGGACAACUUGGCAGCCAAGGAGGAGUUCUUCCAGACCAAAGAGCAAAUUCGACUCGAGGCCGAGAGAUUGGCUACUCAUGGCAGUAUAUGGAAAGCUGUCUUUACCAAGAAGUCAUACCGGAAGCGUAUGGCCAUCGGUUUCCUUACCCAAUGGGGCGCGGAAUUUGGCGGACCUUUGAUCAUCAACAACUAUGCAGUUUUGCUAUAUACUAACCUGGGCAUGGAGGGUGGUAUGCCUCUGCUCUUGAGUGCUGUGUGGCUCACAACGGCCGGAAUAAUAUACAAUCCUCUGGGUGCAUGGCUCCAUGACAAAGUCAAUUCACGGCGUGGUAUGUAUAUUACCGGAUUUGUUGGUAUUAUCGUGUCUACAUCUUGUCUGGCUGCUAUGACUGCCCAGUAUGCUGGAACAACCAACAAAGUCGGGAAUGGAUUCGGUAUCUUCUUCAUGUACCUGUACCUGGCGUUCCAAGGUACCUUCUGCGAUACAACCAUGUAUCUUUACGUCUCGGAGAUCUUCCCAACCGAAAUUCGCCCGAUUGGCAUGGGCUUUUCUCUCUUCGGUCAAUUCGCUGCUACCCUCAUCCUACUGCAAACCGCCCCUAUGGGCUUUGGCAAUGUCGGCUGGAAAUACUAUCUUGUCAUCAUUUGCUGGUCUGUAUUCUUCAUUCCAGUCAUUUACUUCUUUUUCCCCGAGACUGCUGGCCUCACCCUCGAGGAAAUCGCCAAGAACUUUGGUGAGGAGGUUGCUGUUCACCUCACAGAUGCCACAGACGAAGAAAAAGCUCGUCUUGAUCACCAGAUAACGACAGGUGCGAUUGUUCAAACGUCUGUGAGCUUAGAGAAGGAGAAAGACACCACGCCGUCAUCGCCAGAUCAAGUUGAAGAGCAGCAAAAAGCGGCAUAA